AUGCGUUCCUCGCCUUAUGUCCCAACAUGCCUAAUCUCUUCCGGUUUGAAUUAUCUCUUCCGGGGCAGCUCUAGUCCAAUGGGAUUGCGCGCUGAAGCCGGGCGACCGUUAAACGGCUUUUCCCAGAGGUCGUUACAUCCGCAUCUUGGAGCGAAACCUGUGGAAGAUGAAUUGGGCGCUCUCGGUCGCCGGGCCGUUUCUUUACUCGGUGGCAACUUCUGCAGCCCGUUGACGAAAUUGAAGUUAAUCAACGACCUCAAGGAGCGAGGGGACCAGCUGGGGGUGGCGGAGAAGGUGUCCUGGCACACCGAGUACAAGGACAGCAGCUCCUGGAUCUUCCUGGGUGAGUUGUGCCGCCCGGUUACUUCUGGCGACAUGAUUUGUGUUUUCAGUCGAUAUGGUGAGAUUGUUAACAUAAGUCUGGUACACAAUAAGAAGACUGGGAAAUCCAAGGGAUUCUGUUUCCUUUGCUAUGAAGACCACCGGAGCACAAUUCUGGCUGUUGACAAUUUUAAUGGCAUCAAGAUCAAAGGACGGACUAUUCGAAUGGAUCAUGUGUCUAACUAUAGGGCUCCUAAGGACUCAGAUGAAUUGGAUGAUGUGACCAGAUUGCUUCAGGAGAAGGGUUGUGGGGCACACAAGCCUCCAAAAUUUUCAGAUGAGGACUCUGAGGAUGACAAGCCCACGAAAAAACGCAAAAAAGGUAAAACAAAAAGGAAAAAAGUAAAUGAAGAAAAGCGGGAGGUACAGCACGAUGCACCAGUCUCCUCUUCAUCACCCAGAAGCAAGAUGCUAAAGGAAAACAAUUCCCCCGACUGUAAAAAGUUCAACAACAAGAACUCAAAAAAGCUUCAGAAGUCAGAAUUCAGAGAGGGGCUGAAGCAAGGCCGGAGCAGAGACAGGGAGCCAAAGAAGAAGAAGCCCAAACAGGAACACAGGUCCUUAAGUAGGAGGGAGGAAAGGGAAGAAAAGAACAGGGAUAGGGACAGAGAUCAAAGGUAUGAAACUUCACUUGGCUUAAUUCAGGUUAACAUAAACGUUAAUCAUCACAAUUUACACUUGUUCGUGGAGGGGGCUGUUUCAGAGGUUUCCACUUUCCUCACUCUGGUAUCACUGAAACUACAGGCCAAGGAUCCACUUAGAAUUUAA